GAUUUGCAGCUGCUCCUGCUUCUUGAGCAGGAGGGGUUGCAAUCUUUGUUCUUGUGCAUGUAUUGUGUAGGUGUUGUGCAGUUUUUGCCAGCAAGACUCUUACCCGAUGAACGGCACUGACUCCCCCUCCAUGCCUCCCUCCCAGCCUGCCCUAGUUCCUGACACUGAUUUGGUUAUCCUGGAUGAACAACCUCAAUAAAGUGUCCUUUCAAUACAGUUAUUAAAGGACUAUCCGGUGCAAGAUAAAGCAUUCCUUUUCCUCGCCCCCAGCGUUGCCAGUACCCCCAUCAAGCUCUUGGAAAGGUCUUCUCAAUUACUCCACAAGCGGAAGGGUGUGCAUCUGUGUGUGAGAGAAAUAGCCCCAAUUUAUACAGAUCCCGCAGGCAGUCUGUGAUGGUAUCGGCCCAAAGUACUUGACACUAAUUGCAUUCGGUCCAUUAAUAUGUUUUGGUGCCUUCGGCAACCAGGGAUAUAAAACCACUCACCCAGGCCCAGUUGGGUGAGCUGGACACAGCAAGCGUCUGCCUAGCCAUGAGUGCCAUUGGAGUGGGAGCUGUGGCUGAGAGCUACCAGAAGUUCAACCCCAGGGCCUACUUGCAGAACAACUACAUGCCACCUCGUGCCAACUUUACUAGUGAAGAGUUUGCUGUGCCCUGGAAACUCCGUUGCCUAGCAGAUGCCUUUGCCACAGGGAAAAUCUGUGGCCAUACUCUUAUUGAUAUUGGCACAGGCCCCACCAUCUACCAGCUCCUCAGCGCCUGUGAUUACUUUGAGGAGAUUGUGGCCACUGACUACUUAGAAGUGAAUCGGGCCGAGAUACAGAGCUGGGUGCGCAGUGAAGAUUCUGGUUGCUUUGACUGGUCCCCAUACAUCCAGCAUACUUGUAGGAUUGAGGGCAAAGGGGAACCUUGGAAGGAAAAAGAGCAAAAGCUGAAGAAGAAACUCAAAAAGGUCCUCCCCAUUGAUGUCCACCAACCCAACCCUCUGGGUUCUUCACUCAGCCAACCAGCCGAUGCUUUGAUCUCUGCUUUCUGCCUGGAGGCUGUGAGCCCCGACCGGCUGAGCUUUGAUCGAGCCCUUUGGAACGUCACGACGCUUCUCAAGCCUGAUGGCCAUUUCCUCAUGAUCGGGGCUUUGGAUGAGUCCUUCUAUUUGGCUGGAGAAGCUAAGCUGUUGGUAGUACCCAUGAGUGAGGUGGAUGUCAAGGAAUCCUUUGCCAAGAGUGGCUAUCGCAUCCACGACUUCCGCUCCUACAUCAUGCCGCCGAGUCUAAAGAUUGGAGUAGAUGACGUACAAGGAAUUUUUUUCAUCCAUGCACAGAAGAUAGCCUGAUCCCAUCUUUCCCAGCAGAAACAUUCCCUUUGCUAAAGAAGUGUCAUAUUGUAUUGUUUGCAGCUAGAAAUCCACCUUGCAUGUUGUCACUGGUGUCUUCUGCAUUACUUCUGCAGUGCUCAGAGGUGUGCAUUGUCUGGUUUUAUUUAGUUAUUUUGUUUAUUUAAAGCCAAAUUCACCACCAAGAAAAGCUUAUUUCAAUAACCUGAGCAAAUUGCUUGCAACAGUUUAUUUUGCUGCUGCUGCCCCUAAGAAGCAAUGCAUAGUUCCCACCACCCUGACCAGUAGAAGUUACUGGCCACUGUGGCCAUAGUUCAAGUGGCAGAGCACACUGUUUCUAUGUAGAAGGUCCCAGUUUCAAUCACUGACAUCUCCAGUUUAAGAAAGGAUGUUUGGUAGCUUGGCUGGGGAAGAUCUCCACCUGAGUCCCUGGAAUACUGUUGUUUGCCAGAAUAGAAUGGAUUGGGCUAUUUCAGGAACAGGGAACUUGGACUCCAGUUCCCAUCAGUCCCAGGCAGCAUUGCCAGAAGUCAAGGAUAAUGGGAGCUGUAGUUCAACAAUGUUUAGAGGGCCACAGGUUCCCUGUCCCUGGACAAGAUGGACCAGUGGUCUGUGUAUAUUAGGCAUUUCACAUUUGUUGGAGUCUUAAUGAACUCCUCAAAAUCCCCUCUGGUUUCUGAAAAUUCACCCGGCACUGCCCAUAUAUUUCUCUGCAACCAGAAUGGCCAGAACCUUGCAACUUUGUUUUGUUUUUAGAAAAAUGGAAACAGAGUCAGUUAGGCUGUUGAACUCAACAACCCAACUUCUGGACUAUUGGGAUGUGCAAAAUAAGCCUAGAAUACCCAAAGACGGAACAUUCAGUUGCUUGAUAGAAAUCAGAGGGAGGAGUGGGGAAUGGUGCCCAACCUGUUGUCAUGUGUGUCCCACUUACAAAAAACUCAUGUUUUUGUUUAUAGUUUAUUUAGAAUUGAUGAAACAGGUAGUGAUGCUCCUAUGUAGCACAUUGUGAUUGAACAUGAAGAUGGCUGCCCCGGGAAAUUAUGUUCUAACCAGUUUUUAUUAAGGAAGAUAAGAAUUUCCCCCUUGAUAAAGAGCUCUUUGAAAUGCUUUAGGAAUCCUGCUUACCCCAAAGGAUUUUUACACAAACUCCAAACCAUUAGGAGAAAAGGUAGUACAUGGGAAACUUGGAACCGUAGGAUGUAACUGACAAUCACUGAGACAAAUCAUCUCUUUCACACCAAGACAAGAAAUAAAGGUUCAGGCUGCCUGCACCCUCUCAGAUUUUGAACAGCUUUCAUUUUUGAGCAAUGUCAGCAUGAGAGGAUUGACAUCUCAGUUGUACAGAGUCCUUUUGUCCUGUGACUCUGGCAAUAUACACAGCCUAACAGAGUGUUGGGAACGUGACAUGAGGGAUAAUGCAGAUGACUCUGAUGGUGGUAAAACCUGGAGUAACAUAGGAUCAUAGAAUAGAAUCAUAGAAUCAUAGAGUUGGAAGGGGCGUUGUAGGUCAUCGAGUCCAACCCCCUGCUCACAGCAGGAAAUCCACAGCUAGAGCAUCUCCCGCAGAUAGCUGUCCAGCCUCUGCUUGAAGACAUCCAGCGAAGGGGAUCCCAUCACCUCCCUAGGCAGUCGGUUCCAUUGCUGAACUGCCCUUACUGUCAAGAAGUUCCUUCUAAUGUCCAAUCUGAAUCUACGCUCCUGCAACUUAAAACCAUUAGACCUCGUCCUACCCUCUGGGGCAGCAGAGAACAAAUCUGUACCCUCCUCUAUGUGACAGCCCUUCAGGUACUUAAAGAGUGUAACCAUGUCACCCCUCAGCCUUCUCUUCACCAGACUGAACAUGCCAAGUUCCUUCAAUCUUUCCUCAUAAGACUUGUUCUCCAUACUGGCUAUCAUCCUCGUCGCCCUCUUCUGAACCCGCUCUAACUUGUCUAUAUCUUUCUUAAAAUGAGGCGUCCAGAACUGAACGCAGUAUUCCAGAUGAGGCCUGACUCAUGCAGAAUAUAGUGGGACUAUUACUUCCCUCGACCUGGAAACUAUAGCUCUGUUUAUGCAUCCCAAUGAAUGUAAUCACCUACAAUGAAUGUAAUCUCAGCACAAUCAAAAGAAGCCAAGCUCAGGAUAGUAUUGGGGUGGCAUUACAUGCCUGUAAAAUUAGCUCAUAUAUUACAAACACCUUUCCCAGCAUGUUGGUAAUGUGGGCUACAUAAUGGAACAUAUUCCCACCCCUGGUGGGAAUGUUCCAAGAUAGCCUCCUUUUGGGGAUUUGUUUACACUGAAAUUAAUAAAAUAACAGCACAGGACUUGUUACCAGUGCACUUCCUGGCACUGUUAAGUAUCUGGGACAACCAGAACAAAAGUGGGAAACGUACAAAUUUAGAUGUUUUUAAUAGUUGCAAGUCUGUUCAUCUGUAGGCACUGGAAAUAUUUGGAGGGCCUCUUUAGAGGAGCGGUAUUAAAAGGUAGGGUUUCCGGUGGUCUCUGAGAAAUUGACCACUGAAGUGCAACUAUUUAGGGGACAUGUCAAAAGAGACAAAAUUUUAUACCAUUUGGUUUGAUUUUAUUGAAUAUAUAGCAAAAUCAGAGGAUCCCAACAAAAUACCAGCACAGUAUGCACUUAUAUGGAGCCAGUACAUCUUCAGAGUCCAGAUACACACAAAGGACACAGUCAGUGAGUCAUGAUUUAUCAGGCAUUUCUGUGAAGCAGCAGAUAAAUAAUUCUGUGGAUUUUUUAUUUAAUUAAUAUACGUGGUUAUGAUUAAUGUAUGCAUUAUGAAAAGUGGUC